CCGGAGGACCCCAGACGCUGGCGCCGCUGCUGCGCACGCGCAAAACCUCUGCACAUUUCAAAACAAUCACUUUACAGUAUUUCUCUGUACGUUGUAAACAUUUUAAAUAGCAAACAUACACUUUUUAUAUAUGAUAUACAUUCUGAAACACCUCAGGCAACUUCCUUAAUCUGUUUGGAGGUGAGAAAUAACGCAGAAAAUAAAUGCUGAAUGGGGGAUGGACACAUACAGUUUAAGUGAUGAUCUGCAGUCUGAUGCUGCUAGACAACAGGAGAGACAUUAUUACCUACUGUCAGAACUACAGACACUUGUGAAAGAUCUGCCCAGCUCAUUUCAGCAGCGUCUGUCGUAUACGACGCUCAGCGAUCUUGCUCAGGCUCUCAUUGACGGGACGGUGUAUGAAAUAGUUCAAGGAUUGCUGGACAUUCAACAUCUGACAGAGAAAAACCUCUACAACCAGAGACAGAAACUACACAGUGAACACAGAGCACUUAAGCAGGAUUUGGUUCGAAAACACAGACAAGCGCUGCAGACGUGCAAGUCUCACAAUGUGGCCGUUCUGAAAACAAACCAGCGAUCUGAAACCGAGGCUCUGGAGCAGCGUGUAAGAGAUGAACAGAGGAUGAUGGAUGAGAAGAUUGUAGCUGAAAUGGAUCAGAAGGUUCUUGACCAGCAGAACACGCUGGAGAAAGCUGGUGUACCUGGAUUUUACAUCACUACUAACCCACAGGAGUUGAUGAUGCAGAUGAAUCUUCUGGAAUUAAUACUAAAGCUUCAACAGAAAGAGAUGGUUUCAGAAACACUGCCCUGAGAUCAGCUUAAGUGAUUUAUGAUCUCUGAUGCUGCUGUGUACAUAAACACAUAUUAACCCUUUCAAACUAAAACUACCUGUGUAAAAAUAUCUGAAAAUGAGCAACUGGUUGUUCAGCAAGAUGCAGUUUUCUUUUGAAUGUUAUUCAAGUUUAAAUGGCUGUAGGACAAGAUGUACAAGAGUAUAAACAGAUGUGCCUGCCUAAACUUUUUUUGAUUAUAAAUAUUCUUUUAUACAUUUGUACAAAAAAACUUAAACUGCAAAUAUUCACUUAGUUAGGAUUUUUGUUAAAUUAUUUUUUGAAUAAUAAUUAAAAUGAUAAUUCUUCAUUUGUAGAUGUGUUUUUUAAUAUGUGUUUUUUAAUUUUCUGAGAUUGAUUUUGAAUUGAACAUUAUUACUCCGCAUUACUUUGUUUACUCUUUAUGGAAAAUGUAGAGUGUCAGGAAAAUUUUAUAACCUCUGAUCUUGGAGAACUCUAUAGAAUGAAUGGCUUCUGUGAUAAAGGUCUUUAUACAACAGGAUGUUGAAUGCUUUAUUCUCAUUGGUUGAGACUUUGAGAAAUGUUUCAUGGUUAUGCAUUAUUUUUUGAUAAAUGCACACCUGACCUGUAAGUAGUCUGUGAAUGUAUGUGAGCAAUGUCUGUGGUAACUGUGGUAUAAGCGAAGAAAUGGACUCUGGCCCUUUGAAUUAUUUGAAUAUAAUUUUGCAAUCGUGUCGUGUUGCAUUACCACCUUGGGUGUGCAUUAUUUUCGAAUAAUUCAAUGGCCUGUUUUUUUUCUUAGAUUGUUAAAUUUGUAAAUAUUUUUGAUUAUUUCUAGAAAAGAUGUUAAAUGCUCAUCGGUUAGUUUGGAUAAAAUUGUACAUGAAUAAGAUAACGAAAGAGAAAUCAGUAACAUUUUCUAGAAAUCUAUAACAUGAAGAUCUUAAGAUGUUGGGUUCUUCAGGAUUAUAAUCAGGGCUUUGUAAUGGAUAAUAGUGAGUUGUUUGUGUAUUUGUGCCAGCAGGACACACUGUCAGGUAGCAAACCUUAUUUUAUUCCAGUUGUUAAUAAGUGACCCGAGCUGAUUAUUUUAGUAGACAUUCGCUCGAGCAGUCUAUUAAAAGCACAUUACUCCUCCUGGUGCUCUGUGUUAAAACAUUUGUUUUAUAUGCAGGGUUUACUUUUGGCUUUUUAUGGGUUAGUGGUCACUUAAUAUAAAUCUUUUCUCUCUGUUUAGAGAAAAGUCUUUGUUGAAUCUCUUAAAUGUCCUUGUGUGAUAUUACAAAACAAUAGAUCUUCUUAAGUAUCUCUUAAAAGCUAAAAGAUUCAUUUGAGGGAAACACUUUAAAACCAUUUGCAUCCCAAUUCGCUUACUAUCAGUACUAAAUAGUAGUCUAAAAUUAGUAUGUCCUAUCUCUUUAAAUGCACUCAAUACUUUCCCAUAACAAAAACAGUGUUUACUAUAGGGCUUUGGGAUGCGGGCAGUGAUUUAUUCAAAUUGAUUAAUUCAAUAGAUUUCCCAGAAUUCCUCACACGCAGUAGUGUUUGUGGAGUAUUUUUUUUUAUCGUGUAAAAUGAUCAUGAUAAUGUUAAACACAGUGUUUUUGUUUAAAUAAUAAUUUUGUAUUUGCUGUAUUUAAAGUCUACGUGUUCAGAAUUAUUAGCAUAAUAAAAUUUAGUGUAAUUGUAAAUCAUAUAAAUUACUGACUGAUACAAAUGAAAAAACAAGUUAUAUAACAACCUGACUCACUCAGCUAUAAAUGGAGCCAUUCCAUCGAAUCGAUGCCAUUUCUGUUCCCAGGACAUUAUUUGUAUAAAAAUGCAAGAAAACUUACUCUUAAAUACACUUUAUUAUUAUGCAAAGUGUCCAGCAUGUUAAUCACCUAACAUGCUAACACCAAAUUUGUUAAUAAAAAACUACACAGAACACUGAAAAACAGCAUUUUUCUAUCCGUCCCUGCUCUCUUUCUCUACUUUACCUUUAAAUAUAAAGCAUAAAAGCAUCUUUAUUUUUUUGCAUUUUUGUGUGUGUCCAUAUCCAAUCUUUGCUGUGAAUAUUUGUUAUCAUUGAAAAAGUCACAAUAUUUAAGAAAAAAGGCACAUUCCCAAUAUUUCACUCAGUUCUGUUACCCAACACGUUCCAUCCUCUGAAAAUCUAGGAAUAUUCCAAAAGUCAAAUUUUCAAGAGGAAGUGACAUCAUGUGAAGAUCAAAAGUUUAUUUUCUGUAUAUUUGUUGAUAUUGAUGCUAU